UGCCGGGGAUGGACACGUAGGAUAACAUGCCGGGGCUGGACACGUAGGAUAACAUGCCGGGGAUGGACACACAGGAUAACAUGCCGGGGAUGGACACAUAGGAUAACAUGUUGGGGAUGGACACGUAGGAGAACAUGCCGGGGAUGGACACACAGGAUAACAUGCCGGGGAUGGACACAUAGGAUAACAUGCCGGGGAUGGACACGUAGGAUAACAUGCCGGGGAUGGACACGUAGGAUAACAUGCCGGGGAUGGACACACAGGAUAACAUGCCGGGGGGAUGGACACAUAGGAUAACAU